AGGCUUAGUCCGUGUAGUGGUGCGCGCGCGCACUUGAUCGAGCGUCAGUUGCGGUUAAUUUGGUGUUUGUGAUUGUGAUCGACCGGCGCCUGAUCUGACGAUUUUACUGGACUUCGGAUACACUAGGCAAUAAAAUAUGAGCAGUACAAUUCUGCUGCUCGCGCUGUGUGCAGCGGCGCAAGCGCUGACUGUCAACCUGCAGCCGACGCCAAGCCAGGCCUUCCUGAACAACAUAGGCUUCCAGCUCACUGGGCCUGGCGCUCAGUACGCUAAGGUCGUGGCUGCAGGCCCGACGGCUCAGAGGCUACCUGUCUUAGGUUUUGGCGAACUGUCGGGUGAGGCACCAGUACCGAGCGGACCUGGACUAAGUUUCAGCAACCCACCCCCACCGUUGGGCACGGGGACCGAUCCAGGUGCCCAGACCUGUGGCCUGUCUCCGCCCUUCUGCACCAAGUCUCGAUACAGAGCGAUUGAUGGGUCCUGCAAUAACCUCGCCAGGCCCUCAUGGGGUAUGCCGCAGACACCCUACGGACGAUUGGUGCCGUACAACUAUGCUGAUGGAGUAAGCGCUUGGCCAAGAGCGGCAUCAGGUGCUCCGCUUCCCAACGCUAGACUGUUAAGUCUCCGCCUAUUCCCUGACAGACAGCUGGUCAGCCCCAUAUGGAACUUGAAUGCCCAGCAGUGGGGCCAGAUCAUAACCCACGACAUGUCGCUUACUGCUGGCGUGGCGCAAACCCAUAAAGACAACGUAACGAGUAACUCAAAUUCAACGUGUCGACAUAGUGGUAGUAGAGAAGACAGUAGUAGUAGUGAAGAGAGUGACAAGGAUCAGCUAACAUGCUGUGACAACAACGGGCGGCUGGCUCCAGACUCGGCCACCAAUCCGACUUGCGCCCCGAUCCUGAUUCCUCCCAACGACCCGGUUCAUGCUCCCCAGGGAACCCAGUGCAUGAACUUUGUGAGGACCACCAGCACUCGUGAUAGAGGAUGCACAGGCCCCAAUGCUCCUGCAGAACCUCUGUCAACAGUUACAGCAUACAUGGACAUGUCCCUUACAUACGGCAGCAGUACAAGCCAGGCUACUCCAAUCCGCGCAUUCCGUGGUGGACGUCUUCUGACCGUGCUGAGAGGAGGCCGAGAGUGGCCCCCUCAGGAUCCCAACAUUACCCUCACUUGCGAGUCGGCGCAGUCGCGAAAUGAACCUUGUUAUUUGACAGGUGACAUCCGUACAAACCAGAACCCUCAACUGGCCAUUCUCCAAGUGCUUCUCUUGCGUGAACACAACCGCCUUGCUGAUAGUCUUGCCAGCCUCAACCCUCACUGGAGUGACGAGAUCCUCUACCAGGAGGCUAGACGUAUCCACAUCGCACAGUUCCAGCACAUCAACUAUUAUGAAUACCUGCCAAUCUUCCUUGGCUAUGACAACAUGGUGAAGAACAAACUGAUAUACCCGGGAGCGCAGGGCUACAUCAAUGACUACAAUCCCAACGUCGACCCGUCGGUCUUGGAUGAGCACGCCACUGCCGCGUUCCGGCACUUCCACACGCUUAUUAGAGGAUACUUGAAAAUGUUCUCCGAGAGACGUGCCGUGGUUGGGACCGUCCGCCUCAGCGAUUGGUUCAACCGACCACUGAUACUUGAGCUCCGAUCUGCCUUUGACGACUUGGCCAGAGGGCUCACGACUCAAGAAGAAGACUACAGUGACCAGUUUUGGGACAGUGAAAUCACGCAAUUCCUUUUCAAACGUAACAACACCUUCGGCGGCGACCUCCGGGCCACAGACAUCCAGCGAGGCCGCGACCACGGCUUGGGAACCUACGUGGCCACCAGAGCGGCCUGUGGACUGCCCGUGCCUAAUGACUUCCACGAUCUCUUGGACUUCAUUUCAGAAGAGAACGUAGCGGUUCUUGAAGACACAUACCAGUCAGUACAUGACGUGGAACUGGUGGUGGCUGGUUCUUUGGAAAGGAACGUGCCCGGUGCACAGGCUGGGCCUACCUUCCUAUGCAUCUUGACUGAGCAGUUCUACAGAACAAGAGUGGGAGACAGGUACUUCUACGAGAACGGAAAGGACUCUAACACUGCAUUUACGCCCAGUCAGUUGAAAACAAUCCGGACCGGGUCGAGCAUGGCUCGGAUUCUCUGCGACAACUCUGACGGGAUCAACGUUAUGCAACCGAAGGCGUUCCAGCAAAUUGGCCAUGGAAACCAGUUAGUACCGUGCAACCACCUACCACGAAUUGACCUGACGUUAUGGCAAGACGCCCGAGGGAGGCUUACAAAAUAAUAUUAUUUAAGUCUAAACUUAAUAUUUUAUAACAAAACCUUAAAAAUGUGACUAACAAAAUUUAAGUCAACAGUUACCCAAGGGCCGUGAUAUUAAAAUACUAAGAAAACCUGCUGAAAUCAGUUUUGAUCACAAAUUAGAAAGAAAGAAAA